GAUCAUUGUUUGUAGCUGCGUCAGUGGGCGGUAGUUACGCUGUGCAUGGCGGGAAGGCGGGAGUCUGGGGCAAGUGGCGGCAGCACUAUGCAGCACAAGAAGAAAUCCCAGGGGAAGGGGAAGCAAGCCAAAGCUUUGAAGUCCUUACAGUUUGCAAAUCCAGGACGACAAACAGAAAUUGCCCCAGAAACAAGUAAAAGAGAGAAACGCCGGACAACAGCAGCUAAGGCUGCAAACCAUUCUGAUAGACAAACAAUACCAGCAAAGAAUAAAGUGUAUGAUCAAAAUGGAAUCCUACUCUUCAAUGGGAUGGAUCUUUGUGACUGUUUGGAUGAAGAUUGCCUAGGGUGCUUCUACUCAUGUCCCAAGUGUGGUUCAAACAAAUGUGGUGUAGAAUGCAGAUGUGACCGAAAAUGGCUAUAUGAACAAAUUGAAAUAGAAGGGGGUGAAACAAUUCGCAAUAAACAUGCGGGUUGAGAAUUGUCUCAUUGGUGAUUAAAUAUUUUUAACAAACUGAAGAUCUGUAGCCAGUAUGCCAUGAAGCUACUUCUUUGCUUUUGGAGAACAUUUUCUCCCACUGUAUAAGAUGGAUCUCCUUUUCAGGGUGCUGAAGCUUAUUCAACCGAAUAUUGAAAAGUAGCCCAAGUGUCUUCAAUCCUCAGAGUUGCAUUAUGUGCAGGUUUUUAUAGAAAGGUUUAUCGUUCUCACGAAAUAGUUUGAAUGGAAAUGUUAUUUACAAGUCAAAUUCAGGCAAAUGAUCUCCAAAGAAGAUCCUUUUGAAAAUGUUUACAGAUAAAAAAGAAGUUACAUAUUUUCAUGUUAUGAAGUUCUCAUUUAGCACAAGAUUGCAAUAUUUAAGCAUUAAUAUCUUUCUUACAUCCUUUAAACAUAUCAUAACGUGGUUUUUUAAACCUCUUCAGUUUGUUACUUUUUUAUUAAAUAAACUGAUCAAUUUGGCGAGUUAUAUAUGGUUAUAUAUAUAUAUUUGUGUUGAACCUUUGGUCCUCUUUUUGGUUUUAUUUAUGCAUUCUAUGUAUGUGCACUGAAAAUAAAUCCUUCCCCCCCCCCCCCUUCUCUUGCAUAUUAUUUUUAUGUUGAGGAACAUUUUUUCAGGUAUCUUACACUUGUCUAUAGAACCAAUUAGCAUAAUAAGUUUUAAACCUAAAAAUGUAAUUUACAAUUCUGGUGGUGAGGCAUGCAGUCUACGUGAUUUGUACAUGGCUUUGUUUUUUUAUCUUUUUCUGUUUUAUGGCAUACAAUGCAUUGGUAACCAUUACAUUUUCUAUAUUAUAAACAAACAUAACGACUUUGGCCAUAAUUUUAGUUUAAAGGGACAUUAAACACAAACUGUAAACUACAUGGUUAUGAACCUUCAUAUAUAAAAAUAAUUUUGCAAUAAAAUCUGCAGCUUUAUUUUG